UCUCUGCCGCUGUCGCUGUCGCUGUCUCUGCCGCGGCGCUCUACGCUGCAAGCAACGGGAGCAGUUAACGCCCCACAGCAGCAGCAGGAGAAGACUCGGCUUAAUCCGGUCCCCCAGAAGCGCGUCUUUAUGCAGUCAAGAGCUCAACGCUGUGACUGAGAACAGUUCAAGCAACGAUCAGGAUUACUUAUCGACGCUCAACCAGCUAAAAAAGCCAAGCCAAACCACACGCCCAACAGAUAAAGUAACAGCAAUAGCAACAGUAGCCGUAACAGCAGCAGCAACAGUAACAGCAGCAGCGACAGCAACUGUAAUCAGAGCAACAAUGGUGAAAACAUUUCAGGCCUAUUUACCGUCCACAAAUCGGACCUACUCAUGUGUUCAUUGCCGUGCACAUCUGGCAUCGCACGACGAGCUCAUCUCAAAGUCGUUUCAGGGUAGCCAGGGACCGGCAUACCUAUUCAAUUCGGUGGUAAAUGUGGCCUGCGGCCAGACGGAGGAGCGUGUCCUGCUCACCGGACUGCAUGCGGUCGCUGAUAUCUACUGUGAGUGCUGCAAGACGCCGCUUGGCUGGAAAUAUGAGCAUGCGUACGAGUCCAGCCAGAAGUACAAGGAGGGUAAAUUCAUUAUUGAAUUGGCCCACAUGAUCAAGGAGAAUGGCUGGGAUUGAAGGGAGCGAAGCGGACGUCGUGCGUAAAGCAUUUUUGGUGGGCUGGCAGUCCGGGCGGCUUUGGGUAACGUUUUAAAUCCGG